CGAGGACAUAUUUGCUGAAAGUAAUGAAUUUGAUAAAGAAAGUGGAAAAGAACUUGAUGAAGAAGCAAUGACGGCCCCAACAAUCAUAUGGGAGAAAGAUAAAAAGGAAAAUGCAAGGAUUACCAAAAUCAACGAUUGCGAGUUGCCCAGAAGGCUUUCAAUACCUUCCAUGUUUCCUAUGUUUCCUAUGACUUUCUGGGCAA